UGUGCCACUUUCAGGUCUCCCCCACACUGCUGGUGUGUUUCCAUUUUUUGUCAUGGGGUGCGGGCAGAUUACGGGCCUCCCAUAGCUGCUGCCAGGCCCCUAAUCUGCGGUGCUGGCAGAUUACGGGCCUCCCAUAGCUGCUGCCAGGCCCCUAAUCUGCCAUGGGCCCCCGUACCGACUCCUCAUGCUGCUGCCAGGCCCGUAAUCUGUCAUGGGCCCCUGUUGUCGCUUGUUGGCAUAUUCCGCUCGUUCAGAUGCUCCUUCUCCUGCUACUCCUCUUCACGGAUUCCGUCAGCAGUCUUUCUUGGAAUCCGUUUCCAAGAGACAACAGUUUGCGAGCACGCACCCGACGGUGCAGAAGCUGAACGUCCUCCU